UUAGUGAGACCCCAAAUUGACUGUCGUUUCCGGAACGCUUUUCCGCCAUAACUCAAUUUUUGUUGUUUGCCGGCUCUGCCGACAAUAAUCCUUUUAAAUCACAAUGAGUAAGGCUCAUCCUCCAGAAUUGAAAAAGUUCAUGGAAAAGAGAGUUUGCUUAAAGUUAAAUGGUGGUCGUCAAAUAUCAGGAACAUUGAGAGGUUUUGACCCUUUUAUGAACUUGGUAGUAGAUGAGAGUGUUGAAGAAACUAAAGCUGGAGAUAGAAAUACAAUUGGCAUGGUGGUUGUUAGGGGAAACAGUAUCAUACUGUUAGAGGCCUUGGAGAGGAUAUGAUGUCUAGCUGAUGUAAAUAUUGUGAGAAAGACCAGAGUGGAUACAUUAUACAUAAUGAUCAUCUUUUUCAUUCAUUUUAACAUUAUAAUUCAUUUAUGAAGUGGAUAAUAGUUCUGUACUUAUUUUUAUUUGCAAUCAUGGAAGAACAUCUUCAUUAAAUACAUGUAUAUGUAUUUGGUUAAAUCUAAUCUUGGACAUUUUGUUUCAUUUUUUCUAUGACAUACAAAAAUAAAAGUAUAUUUGUUGUUAA